UACCACUUGAUAUCAUAUAAAUGUAGCUACUAUUUGCUUGAACAGAGGUAUCGGGUACUAUAUAGUCCAUUAAACAAAGGGGAGGGGGUGGAAUUGGUGUUUUACGCGAAGCCAGCAACUAAGGCUAUAGUAUCACGGCAAGGCAGCCAACCCUGUAAACAGAUGCCACAUACAGAAAACAAAUUAACGUGCCCAAGAAGUGAGCUGAACCCAGGAAAUGUCUGAUUCCGAGUCGAUUUCGUAUGGACCAAUGCCACAUACUAGCGCGAUUUUCUCUGUACAUCUGCUUUUUCCUGCUCAGUGUAAAUAACUAGCAUAGCCACUAGAUUGGUUGUUAUUUCUGGUUUUUGGUCUCCUACGAAUCACGACAGAAAUCAGAACGAGUGUGGCUGUAACUUUGUUAACGUUACUUAACGAUGUCGUCUGAAACGGCGCCAGCUAGGUCUUAGCAUAGGGGUAUCUAAUAGGGGAUUCCUCCCAGCUGACAACCUUCUAUAGAAAAUCUAUGCCUCUAAAGUUCAGUUGCUCAAUUUACGAUUACCACAGGCACGCAGCCCGUGGCUGGAAAAAUGUUGGCAGACCUUUCUUAAAGAGUAACGAAAGCACGUCAUAGAUGUGUCGAUUCUUUUAAACAAAGUUUUGGGUACUAUCCAUUGGUCACAGGGGAGUGCGAAGUGUGAGUGGAGUUGUGCAUUGUUAAUUAAUAAUAAUAGUAAGUGGGAAUUUAUAAAGUGCAAUAUCUGAGCCAAAGAUAGACUCACUGCGCUGAACAAGAUCACAAAAUAGUAACAAAGAUGUAGAACAAGAUCACAAAAUAGUAACAAAGAUGUAGAACAAGUUAACAAAAUAGUAACAAAGAUGUAGAACAAGUUAACAAAACAGAAACAAAGAUGUAGAGCAAGUUAACAAAUUAGUAACAAAGAUGUAGAAGGAAGAACAACGCGAGGACUCACUGCGUUCCGGCAGUAAAGGGUGAUAACUGUCGAUGUUACGGUAACGACUUCAGAGAAUAAAGUCAUUGACAGGAGAGUAAUGGGAUGAUAUUGAGUAAUCUUGAGAACAUAUGAAGACAUGUUAUCAUAUGAAACUGCUAAAGGGUGAUCAUUACUUCAGUUUACUCAAUGUAGCUCAAGGUCGCUGCCGAAGCGAGUGAACCAUGGCGGAGUGGAAUCCAGCCAACAGAUCCAAACAGUUCGCACUUCAAAAUAACAUUACAUACCAUCCUGUUGCAAACCUUAAGAGGACGAAAACGCAGCAGAACAACAUGUUAACAUGAAAAAUCCAACACUUUUAUCCAAAUCGAAGCACGACCACAACACACACAAAAUCAAGGAGAGCCGAUCCCCUCGUCCUGUUAGGCGAAGGGAGAGAACUCUCAUCAUCCAGAUGGCGGACAUUUCAGUUUUGUAGCGACCUAUGUUAGCGGCGGCUGUUGAGUUCUGUGUCGUUAACGAACUUCUUUUAAUGAACCAGAUGGUAGGAAAGCCUGGAAAAGCAGAGAUCUUGGAGAUGGCCAACUUCAGUCCAGACCAAACGAAGCACCGCUACCUCAUUUACACCUGUCGGCUUACUCAGUAUUGUGGGGGGCUGUCUGACCGCCUCCGGGGCAUUGCAUACGCCUUCCUCUUGGCUGUCAUUACCAGACGAAGGUUCGGCGUUCACAUGGAGCUUCCAACCUGCGAGCUCUCCUCCAUGCUUGAAGUCAAUCAUUUAGACUGGAGGGUGAAUAUCACCUCCCUGGAUGAGUCUAAUCUGACGUCACAAGUGUACAACCGUGUGAACAACGUCAGCAUCAGGAAGGAGUUCAUGACCAUUGACUUCAACACCUACUUUGAUAAAGACAUAGUGUACUAUACGUCCAAUCAAAUACUUUUUCGAGAACUCUUCGCCAAUCCCCAUCACUUGGCAGACCUGGGAUGGCUGACUAAAGUCCCACAAGGCGAAAUCUUCCGACAAAUCCUCAACACGCUCUUCAAACUAGCGCCGUCGCUGCAGAGCGAAGUCGAUAACAUCACAGACCAGGCGCACCGCAGGCAUGGCGGAGGGAUGUUGGUGGCCGCCCAACUCCGGUGUGGACGCAACCCCAGUAUACCAAAGGACACUCAGGUGCGACUGGUUCCUGAGGAUCUGCAGGUAAUCUGGAAGUUUCUGAAGUCGUACCUCGCGAAUCCCGCUGCCAGCUUCUUCAUCGCCUCUGACUCAGAGGAAGUGGUGCGUGAAGCCAAGUCGAAAUUUCGAGAACGUCUGCUGGAGAGUUCUGGACCCAUCGUUCACGUCGCUUACUCCAAGAACAGCGAUGACGUGUGCUCGGGCAUGCGUCGCGUGCUGGUGGACAUACACGUCCUUGCUGCCAGUGACGUGCUCCUCGUCACCCGCAGCGGCAUCGGGGAUCUAGCUUCUCACCUACGAGGGUUCGACAAGGGAGGCUUGUACUGCUUUCGACCUCAUGAUGCCAGAGUCACAGCCCUGAACAUUACUGUAAACUGGCUUUGCCGAUAGAAAUGCGAAAAAAAUAUUGAGAAAGCUUACUGCUUAGAACGGUACACCCAUGAUGCCAGAGUCACAGCCCUGAACCUCACCGUGCAGUGGCUUUGCGAUAAAAAUGUGAAACCAAAGAAGAUGCGGACAGCUUAAAGGUAC